AGAAACCGCAGCAACAAGCGCAGUUCUACUACGGUAAUCUUUUUUUAAGAUAAUCAAGAAAGAUAUUACUGAUUGACCUUUUGAUAUUACAACCAUCCUUGAUAAAACGAAUAAUUAUCAUUAUUAUGAACUCGCGUAACUUAAGGUUAAAAACGAAAUUAGAAUGGCAAAAUACACAAUAUUUAUUUAAUCCAAAAAAAUGUGUUUAUACGAAUUAUGAUGAAAAUGUUAAAACGACCUUACAACAUUAUUGGCAAUUACCAUUAAACGACUUUCAAAUUAAACAUUCAUCAAAUAAAGUUGUAAUACAACAAUAUGUUUAUAAGCCAAUGCUUAAUUCUCGUACGAACACUUCCUCCUUAAAAGGUUCUGUUGCAACUCAGGAAGACUUAAAUGGCCAUUUGUCACCAAUUUCGUUGAAAAAAUUAUCAGAAUUAUAUUCCACUUUAUAUAAAAAGCCGGUAGAAUUCAAGAUUAUAUUAUUAAAAUAUCCUUUUUUAAGUAGUAAAAUAUUAGCACAAUAUUUAGCAAUGCAAACGAAAAAACAUAAUAUUAGACAAAUACGUAGAAAUUUAUUUAAAAAAGUUCCAUUAGCAUCAUUAAUAAAUUACGAGAGGGGAAAUUUAGUUGGUGGUAUUAAAAAUUAUUAUUUACCCACACAUUUAGCAGGUAUUAAAUUAAAAAUUAGCGGUAGAAUGAGUUUAAGAAAAGGUGCCGCUAGAAGCGCUGUUGUUACCAAAUCAAUUGGUAGAUUGAGAACUAAUACAGUAGAUAAAAGUAUGAUUGAUUAUGCUAAAACUGAAGGAAAAAAUAUGAAUGGUGCUUAUUGUAUUAAGGUUUGGUUAAGCAGUGCUACGGUAUGAGGAAAAGUAGGGUUCAAAAGUACUGUUAGUUAAAUUUAAUUAAUAAAUGUUAUUAAAUUGUUGAGAAAUGUCUACAC